AUGCCCCAUCAACCCGCCGACAACGAGACCUCUCCUCUCAUCGUCGUCACCAGACCCACUGGCCACUCAGAAGAAACCGAAAAUGCAAACGACAGUACCAUGGACACGCGACUCAUUCUCAAGAUCGCAGCAGCAAUGUACUCCUUCGUCACGCUCGGCCUCUUCAACUCUUCCAUCGGCGCCGUCCUGCCACUCCUCUCACGCCACUACAACCUCACAGACCUGCAAGUCUCAUCCAUCUUCCUCGUCAGCCCCAUCGGCUACGUCAUUGCAGCACAAUGCAGCGAUACCGUCCAUUACCGCUUCGGGCAAAGGGGAAUUGCAUUAGCAGGUCCGCUGUUGCAGAUCUUGGCUACGGCGACUGCGGCGACGCAUCCUAGUUUCGGUCUUUUGUUGCUUGCGUUUACGUUCCAAGGACUGGGUACGGGUCUACUAGAUGGAAGUUGGUGUGCGUGGGCUGGGAGUAUGGAGAAGGCGAAUACGGUGUCUGGGCUGUUGCACGGGAGUUAUAGUGUUGGUGGGGCGCUGGGACCGUUUGUUGUUACGGUUUUGACGACUAAGGGGUUUAUGUGGUGGACUUGGUAUUCCAUUUUGGCUGGAGCAUGCGCUCUCUCAUUCUUGGUCUUGAUCCUCGCUUUCCGCAAAGAGACUGCGGAGGUCUAUCGCGAAAGCAACCAGUCCAAGUCUCAUGACUCCAACGUCGACGUCAAGGCCGUGUUCAAAUACCGAGCUACUUGGUUCUGCGCAGCGUACUUCCUCACCUACGUUGGCAUUGAGACAGCAAUCUCGGGUUGGAUCGUUUCUUUCAUGCUGCGCAGCCGCCACUCUACCGCUUAUGUCGCUGGUCUCUCUUCCUCGGGGUACUGGAUUGGCAUGGCAGUUGGACGACUGACUCUGGGUUUCGCUACGGAUAAGAUGGGAGUGCGUCGCGCGACUGGUCUCUACUUCCUCAUCGCUAUCGGUAUCGACGUACUCUUCGCUGCUCUAUCAUCUGCGGCCGCAUCUGUGGCUUUGAUGACGACGUUGGGUUUUAUCAUGGGUCCAAUGUUCCCGUCUGGCGUUGUUGUACUUACACGAUUGCUACCAGCUGAGCUACAUGUUGCAGCUGUGUCUUUUGUGGCCUCUCUUGGGCAGAAGAAGCGUCUCCUCGCUGCCGCUAACUCCGCCGCCGCCGACGAUGCGCCGCUUUUGGCGGAUGACGAGAUUGAGCCCUCUGACACCCUCGACGAUGUCAAGUCCAAGAUCCAGGACAAGGAGGAGUUUCCUCCGGACCAGCAGUACCAACAGUAG